GCGUGGGUGUCAGUGCAGAUAUGAGGCUUUUCACACUGGCAGGCAGAGUGGAACGACGCAUUGGCUCACACCACCCGCCGUGACAUUUUGGAUCAAUUUCCGGGUCCUGCUCACACAGUUGCUUUACAAUGUGGUGCCAUUGCUGCUCGGUGGAAAUACUUGCUCGUGUAGCACUGCGUUAUGCUGAGUUUCCGGACAUGUAUAUUAUUAGUCAUUUAUGCCCGUGAGACUCCAUCGGCUCCCUCCUGUUGUAACGCUAAACUUGCCAGGGUCAAACGUGCACAGAAAUUAUGUUCUUAAAGAUAGAUAGGUGUGCUCAAAGGGUAUAGCCUACUGAUCCAUUUUAUAAUAACUGUAGCCUAUGAUAAGGACUAUGGGGGAUGUGUUGCAGGCACAGGCAGUGUCUAGGCUGCAAUGCUGCUAUAUCAUAUUGUCCCCAAAUAAAACCCGCAGAAAAUCCUGCAAGACAGAGGCAAGAGGUGUAGGGCUAAGGCAAGCACCGCCGACUCUCCCGUGGACAAUGCUGUGUGGCAUGCAUGUGGUGCAGAUUAGGAGGAUCGUUUUUCGUUGAAAGGCAGUGAGUGCGUGUCUGCUGCAAUUACCUGAUUGGUGGGAGAAUCUCUAAAAAUGGACGUGCUGCACAGAUGCAUGUUCGUGGUCCCAAACAAAGACUCCUUGAAGUUAUUCUGGUGUAAAACUACAGCGCGGAGCAAUCAAAAGAACAUUGAUUGCAUGAGGGCAGACUGACACCAUGUGUCCCUAAAUUGAUGGUUUGUCCACAUCAGACGUCACAAUGAUGACUCCAAGAGACCCAAAGCCCAAGAAGAAACCGCCGAAAGACAGCUUGACUCUGUUGCCAUGCUUCUAUUUUGUAGAGCUGCCCAUUGUGGCUUCUUCUAUGGUGUCGCUCUACUUCCUGGAGCUGACGGACCUGCUCCAGCCUGCCCAGGUAGGCUUCCGUUGCCAUGACCGCAUGCUGAGCAUGCCCUACGUUGACGGUGGAGAUGAGCUCAUCCCUCUACUCAUGCUGCUCAGCCUGGCCUUCGCUGGCCCCGCCGCUUCGAUCAUGAUGGGCGAGGGCCUGGUCUACUUCAUGCAGUCACGCCUUAAGAUCCGCCCCGGGGUGGAGGGCAGCAUCAACGCCGGCGGGUGCAACUUCAACUCCUUCCUUCGGCGAACAGUGCGCUUCGUAGGUGUCCAUGUGUUUGGGUUGUGUGCCACGGCUCUAAUGACUGAUGUGAUUCAGUUGGCCACAGGUUAUCACACUCCCUUCUUCCUGACUGUGUGCAAGCCCAACUACACACAGCCAGGGGUGGCCUGUGAUAAAAACCCCUACAUCACCAAGGACAUCUGCUCCGGUCACGACCAGCACGCCAUCGUCUCUGCCAGGAAAACCUUUCCCUCCCAGCACGCAACCCUGUCUGCCUUUGCUGCUGUGUACAUAUCAAUGUACUUCAACUCAACCAUCUCAGACAGCACCAAGCUGCUGAAGCCAGUGUUGGUGUUUGCGUUUGCCAUCGUGGCGGCGCUAACCGGCCUCACCCAGAUCACCCAGUACCGCAGCCACCCCAUCGACGUCUACGUGGGCUUCCUCAUAGGGGCCGGCAUCGCUGCUUACCUAGCUUUCCAUGCCGUUGGCAACUUCAGGUCCUCCGACGACAUCAUCAUCAAGCCAGCUCCGGCCCCCCAGAAGGAGGACGCCCUGCGAGCUCUGACCCAACGGGGCCACGACUCGGUCUACAACAAAGGUGUUGCCUCAGCAUCGGAGAGCGCCGACGAGAUCGCCGCGCCACCCUCCCUGGACCGGCUGGAGGGCAUGGGGCGGCCACUACAGCGCGAGAAAGCUUCUAUCGGGAGCUUGAAAAGGGCCAGUGUGGACGUGGAGCUCCUGGCGCCCCGCAGCCCCAUGGGCCAGCAGACCAUGGUGACCUUCAGCAACACGCUGCCCAGAUCUAGCAUGAACGCUAACGGAGGCCUGGGCGCUAACGGGGGACCAGAGGAGUCCAUGAUGCCUACUCAACCCGUACAAAGGAGGCUCAAGGCUGUGCAAGUGCCCAUGGACCCCAUGCGCUCACAGCAGUUGGUGACGGAGUGGAAGCAGAAGUCCAUGGAGAUGCGGGGUCUGAGCCUUAGGGAUGAAGCCGAGCGAGAUGCCAGUGAGGAGGGCUCCGAAGGGGGGGAGGAAGGGUCCGAGGACGGGGGGCCACAGGCCUCGCUCUAUCCAUCUAUGGUGCAGUCCAACAGGGGAGCUUCUGCCGGUCCAAUCCCCGUCAGUGUGGGGCCUCCAGGAAGUGCCAGGGUGGUGGCAACUCCUAGACCCCCCCACAUCCCCGAGGCGGGUCCCCCGCCAGUGUCGCCCAAAAGCGCACUAACCCGCGCCAAGUGGCUGUCCAUCACAGAGAAGAGCGGUGGUGGCGGGUCGAUUCGCGGGGCACCCAACCAGCCGCGCAUCAUGCAGGUGAUCGCCAUGUCCAAGCAGCAGGGUCUCCUCCCUUCCUCCUCCUCAGGGGGCACGCCCAAGUCCUCCGAGACCACCUCCACCUCCUCCUGCACCUCCUCUACGGCCAGUGCCGAUUCGCCCCACUACCGCCCGCCCUCAGAGGCCCAACGUGAUUCGGCCAUAAUCACCGUGGACGCCCACGCCCCCCACCACCCGGUGGUGCACGGUGGCCCGCCCCCCUGCUCGGGCAACGGGAACCCCUGGGAGUGGAGGGGCGCGUCCAACGGCAGCGACCCUCGAGACUCCUACGAGCUCAACGACCUGAACCGCGGCGACAGCGUCGGUGCUCGCGGCAGCACUGGCAGUUUCCGGCCACACCAGACCAUCUCGCCGUGCUCCUCCACCGGCGACGGAGACCCAGAGAUGCUUCCCCCUCUGCCCCUCCCCCACGCGGAGGUCCCCCGCGACGGGAGAAGCCGGGAGUCCACUUUACGACGCAAGACUGCGCUAGUCCUCCUGGAGAGGGACAUUCAAUUUCAAAACAAGAGUGAGCAGGAGAACUACUAUAACAAAAUACAGGGUGGCCGGAGGUAUAAGGAUUAGUCACAAACUAACUGAUAAGCCUUACAGUCAAACCACAAAAGAGCACAAAACCUGGACUGACACGCUGGGCUCUGCUAUGACGCAUCUCUCGGACUUUGUGUGAUAUCAAAGGAGCUGUGCAAAACUGUUGUAGGCUACUACGAUGUAUGCCAGAUGGAGGGAAACAUCUCGAGUUGCUGUGGGACUCUGAGGUAUCUUCAGGAGCACAUAGACGUUUUUCAAAGGUUCAAACCAGAAGCACACCACCACGCAACACAGACCAAAAAAAAAAGGACAAUGUAUUAAAGCUCCGUCUACUGAGCCGAACCAGGCGGUUUUGUUACAUUUCUUUAUUGACGCCAUCUUCCUUUUCAAUGUUUCCCCUGUUAUGACCACUCGAUGGGCUGAUUGUCUCGUGUUGGAAUGGCAUCUACUGUAUGUUGUGUUCUCUCCGGUUUUAGUGCUUGAUUGCUAAUGUGUAGAUUCUGAGCAUGUAUGUCUGGGUGUUUUUGUGUGUUUGGGUCAGUGGGUCAGGUGCUUGUGUGUAUGGGUGUGUGGGUAUGUGUUGAAGAAGCAGUGUGCUUUCAAAAAACAAAAAGAUGUUAUUCUGCGGCAGAAUGUUCGGAGGGCCACUGAUGGUGCCCAUUCUCGACAAAGUUCAGACCUUGACCUUAACUUGAACAACAACAAAAUGUAACAUGAACUUCCUUCUUUUAGUGGAGAAUACCACGAGGACUGAAUAUGGCUGUAAAUCGUGCGAAGGAGUGCUUUUCAAUUUCAACAUUUCCAUAUGGAUGUUACUUUCGAGACAGCGACGGGAUUACCCCUUGACUUAAAGCAUUAACCGUGUGUAUUUUUCUGGCUGGACACGGUAUAAGAGAAACCACAAUAGGAUAAGUGACAUCUGUCAUUUGAUCAAAGCAAUAGAGGCAGUAUGUGUAAAAUAGAAUUGGUUAUUUUGAAGGUUUCUUUGUGCUGAUCGUUGAAAGUGAACAUGUAUACACAUCAGCAUACUCCUGCGGAUGGACUACUGCAUGUAUGUGGCUGUCAGGUUGGAAAUACUACUUUGUCAGUAAACAAGAACAACAAAAAAAGAAAUUAAAAGUUGUCGUUAGUAACUGAACUGUGAGGUACCAGUGUGGCAAAUGUUGCAUAUCUGAGACUUUAUUCUCCACCAAAGCACUUCAACUUACAAUCAGAAGAUGUGUAAAUUCCUCACAACAGCUUUAGAAUAUGCUGUAUUUUGGCUUCUUUCAAAGCGCGUUCUAGUGCUGCGCGCGAAAUUCCAGCCGUGUGCCUUUUUAAAGGGAAUUUACCCACUGUUAAGGAGAUCGCAUUCAUGGUAAAUGCUGCAGCUCAAACGUAAAUUCGACACACGCCUAAACAAGUGCAAUGCAUUUGUUGUCAAUGCAUUUCGGGUUGAAUCCUGGCCUUAGUGUGUCGACUAUAUAAUUUCAUUCAGCAAAUUAUGACCCAAACACACCCAUUCCUUUUUGUUUGUUAUUAUUUUUUAGACCUUUUCCUCCCCAAUUUCGUGGUAUCCAAUUGGUAGUUACAGUCUUGUCUCAUUGCUGCAACUCCCGUACGGACUCGGGAGAGGCGAAGGUCGAGAGCUGUGCUUCCUCCGAAACACGACCCAGCCAAGCAGCACUGCUUCUUGGCACAAUACCCACUUAACCCAGAAGCCAGCCGCACCAAUGUGUCGGAGGAAAACACUGUACACCUGGUGACCGUGUCAACAUGCGCUGCGCCUGGCCCGCCACAGGAGACGCUCGUGCGCGAUGGGACAAGGACAUGCCUGCCGGCCAAACCCUCCCCUAACCCGGACGACAUGGGCCAAUUGUGCGCCGCCCCAUGGGUCUCCCGGUCGCGGCCGGCUGAGACAGAGCCUGGACUCAAACUCAGAAUCUCUAGUGGCACUAGAGAUACCCCGAGUCCCUGGUUUGAGUAGCACCCUGAGUUGUCCCCUAAAAAUACAACAAUAUCUUAGACUAGAAUUAUUAGGUCACACAGUCUGUCUUCCUAGAGUUGGCCUACCUGUACUCAUGAAUCAUGCAUGAAUCUUCUUCCAAAAGGAGAUGAGUCAGAAAGAGUAUUGGCUUUGUGGGGUAUUAAGCUCUUUAAAGGCCGUCUAUUUAUCUAUCUAACUCUCAGCCACCAUGAUACACAACGAUCCUCAUUACACUAUAGUCUACCAUAAGUAGUUAAUUAAAGACCAAAUAGACCACUAUUUUGUCUAGAAAGUAGACACAUUGGUUUGUCUAGGAACAGCAAAAUGUGUUCUCUCCCAUUUGUUUAAUUAAAGUAGUUUAUCCUAAACACACUCAAAUGCACAACAGACUACACAACCAUUGGAGAGGCACUCAUUUGCUGGAUUACCGUGCGAGUUGGGGUUCACUAGCUAGGCGAUCAGUCUGGUGUCAGGGAGAUGGAGAGAGAGAAGGCAGCCCCAGGCACCAAGCAGAUUGCUGUGGAUGAUGUCCACAGCAACUGGGGGUCUAAAUUAGCACCAAAACGCCUGCGGGUAUACACUGACUAUGAUUUAUUACUGAGGAAUAUGCUAAACAGACACACAGGCAUGUACGCUCACACACACACACACACACACACACACACACACACACACACACACACACACACACACACACGUGUUCACAUGAAUGUCCCCACUCACAAAGGCACACAUGCAUAGCUACAUACAGUACUACAGGAAUUCACUUCAUUAACCAAAUGGGAUCCUUGCGAAACACAGCGUUGCAUCUUCUCUGUUUAAUAAAUGAAGCUAAACUAUGUUUUGCAGGCAUUUUAAUGAGUCAAUUCUCAGGGCAAAUUGUGUAGUCUUCAAAUCAUUACUUUCCCUAAUCCGUCUCUUUUAGUCUGUUAACUUCUUCUCUCGUGCGGAGUUGAAACGAUGCUCUUAAAUUGAGGUGCCGGAAUAGAGAUCAGCAUGCCCCAUGAGGUGACUGGUUAAACUCGCCAAUUAAAGGGAGAUUAAAGGGAGCCAGAGAUAUGAAAAGAUGUUGCCAAACAUGAACUGCAGAAUCCUAGAUAGUCUCAAGGGUGGCGUUUUCAACCCCCCCAGAAAUGGUCUGCUAUCCACCAUCUGAAGCCCUGCCUAUUUAACACAUGCUCCACCAAAACAGGUUAUCUCAACCCGCAGAGAGGCCCUUUAAUUGAUCGUGUUAAUAAUACAUGCUCAAUUGAUUGAGGAUGGGAGUUAUCUGUUUUCUUGCUUAUUGUGAAUUGUCUUUGUUGUCGUGGAAAGAUUAAUAAUGCAAGGAUAGAAGUGGGCAGAAUAGUUGCCCUAUCGGAUGGUUAAAGAGCGUCCAUGCCCCGAUGGUAUCCUUGACGAUGCACACGGAACCUUGUGUCCCACACCUGGGGCCUCAUUAUGCAGUUACCAGGGCAACGUGUAGGAGAAACACACUCCCCCCUUCUUCCUCCUACUCUCCUUCUCUUUAUCUCUCUAUCCUUCUCCCUCUAUCUUUCAUCGCAUGCACGCACACACACACACACACACACACAUAGGAGACUGGAGACAGGCUUACCACCAGUCAAUUUCAGAUCAGCAUAAUUCUGCAUUAAUGUACACCUGGGGUCAGCAUCCACUUGGUGAUGACCGUUUGAUUAGAUUUUGCUGCCAGACAGAUAGGAACUUGCUGUAGAUUUGGAGUGCAAAGUAGAUUUUCUUCUGUACACUGCAAUGUAACCCGAAUUCAGGCUUGCUUUUUUCUUUAGGAUAGAUAAAUUCCAGCUUUGAGCUUCAAUGAAAAUUCAUAUCCUCAGUGCUUGAAUUUUUCAGAUCGUCUGAUACAAAAACACUUAUCUGUAACGAUUUCAUCCGGCAAUAUCUGAUCAAACAGAGGCUUCUUAUGCCGUUCUGAUUAAAAGCCAGAUCAGAUAGACACGCACUAUUAAAAUAUGUAAUUGCAAAGGCAUUGUGAUGACACGAUUGUGGAAGAGACCUGGUACAGUGUAAUUUAAUCCAAGUUAUUAACAUGAAGAAAGGAGCAGGCAAUGAUGAUUUAUUCAAUCUAAGAGUCAACAGCCGAAGCCUGAGAGGAUGAUGAAAAAUGUGAGUAAUAUCAGCCAUCUGUUAAGGGGAGGUGUUUUUGGUCUCAGUAUCUCUUUAACAACCAGACUCAGACACAAAAAGCGACUUGCGUUCAGCCUCUUCAUAAAGUGCCUAAUGGAAACUUUUCCUCGGCUGGUUUGCAUUGAACUUUUGGUAGUUUCAACACCCCACCUACACACCCACACACACGCCGCAAGGGGCAGAGACGGCGGUCAGCACCCUGUGAUAUACAUUUGUUUCUUUAUUUCCUGGAGGCGAGCACAGCCCAGGCUGUUGCUAUGGCGACAGGGGCUCUGCAAUGUGCGCUUGGAGUGUGAAUCAAUUUAUCAUUUUAAUGAGGAGUGUGUGUGUACUGUGUGAGUGUUUGUGUGUGAGUGAGAGAGAGAGGGUGGGAGCAGCAGAGGACAGGUCAAAAGGUGCAUAUGAGACAGGCAUUCAAUUCAUUUGAUUUUUCUGGCAUUUCAUGAAAGAAUGCAUUUGGAUGAAUCUCUUACCAUUUUCUUGUCUGUGCUUCUGAAUACACUGACAGGCCUUCAUCAAAAUCUUAUUUCAAGCAUAACAUUACACGCUUAGAGUAGUUUGCACAUCAAUAAGGUGAGAAUUGAUGUAAUCUGAGCUGAGAGCCAAAUAUCUGUGAUACAGUACCUUUGGCAAUGAUAUGUUUGGUAAACGUGUUAAACAAACAGUGCAGGAGAGGACUAGAGGCAGGACAGGACUACAGGGAAGGCAGGAAGAAAGUGAGGCAGCGCAGGAGAAUGGAGUGAUUUCAGUGCCAAGAGUUCCAGAAUUUUUCAUGUGUGUCAGGAUAUUGAAUUUGAAUGUAAUGUUUUUGAAUAUGUAAUGCACAAAUUGAAUAAUUUAAUUCAUAAAUAUUUCAUGAUUUUAGACUAAAUUGAGUGACUAUUGCAUUCCAUUUUUAAAUGAAAUGAUAUUGAAAUGUUUUAAUUAAAUUAAAUUGAAUAUUCAAAUUGAAUAUUUAUCUAUUCAGUUUCAAUAUGAUAGAUAUUGCAAUCAUUGUCUGCAUCAAGUUUACAAAAUAUAAUUUCAAAUUUUCAGUUGCAUAUAUUCAACCUCUCAGAUGCAUUCAGAUUCAGUUUUCAAAUUAGGUUCUCUAAAUUCAGAUUCAAAGAUAAGAUUCAAAGAUGCAUUCAGAUUCAAUGAUAAGAAGGCUGUUCCUAACCAAUUGUAUUUUUUUUAUUUUUAUUUGCAUUCUUUCUAACUUAUUUUUUUACUUAUUUUGUACAUAAUGUUGCUGCUCCCGUCUCUUAUGACUGAAAAUAACUUCUGGACAUCAGAACAGCGAUUACUCACCACGAACUGCAGAAUCCUUUUUUUCCUUUAAUGAGUCCGACGAGCCCGACCUGAAUGACACACUGCUUUUCCGGGAACAGGCCCAGAUCCCCGUCAUUUACGUGAAGAGAAGGCGGAGAAAAAGGGUCCAGAGGUCGAGCUGCCUUCUGAGAAUUCUUAGGCAAUCGAAUAAACCCCCACUGCCUUCCGUUCUGCUCGCAAACAUGCCAUUUUUGGAAAAUAAAAUCGAUGACCUACACAGAAGAUUAAACUACCAACGGGACAUUAAAAACUGUAAUAUCUUUUGCUUCACGAAGUCGCGGCUGAAUGACGACAUUAUCAACAUACAGCUGGCUGGUUAUUCGCUGUGUCGGCAGGAUAGAGCAGCGGUGUCUGGUAAGACGAGGGGCAGCGGACAAUGUAUUUUUGUAAAUAACAGCUGGUGCAUGAUAUCUAAGGAAAUCUCAAGGUUUUACCUUCCUGAGGUGGAGUAUCUCAUGAUAAGCUGUAGACCACACUAUGUACCUAGAGUUUUCAUCAGUAUUUCCGUAGCUGUCUACAUACCACCACAGACUAAUACUGGCACUAACAGCACUAUCAGCAUGUUAAAUGUGCAACCAGAGGGAGAAAAAACUCUGUAAUACCAACAUGUUUUAAGCAGACCACAAUAGUUUCUGUGCCCAAGAACACUAAGGUAACCUAAAUGACUAAAUGACUACAGACCCAUAGCACUCACGUCUGUAGCCAUGAAGUGGUUUGAAAGGCUGGUCAUGGCUCACAUCAGCAUCAUUAUCCCAGAGACCCUAGACCCAAUCCAAUUUGCAUACCACCCCAACAGAUCCACAGAUGAUGGAAUCUCUAUUGCACUCCACACUACCCUUUCCCACCUGCACAAAAGGAACACCUAUGUGAGGAUGCUAUCCAUUGACUAGAGUGGGUUAGGGAGGGUUGGCCGGCAGGUCUUAUCGCGCACUAGCAACUCAUGUGGCUGGCCGGGCGCAGUGCAUGCUAAUCAGGUCGCCAGGUGUACAGUGUUUCCUCCGACACAUUGGUGCGGCUGGCUUCCGGGUUGGAUGUGCAUUGUGUCAAGAAGCAGUGUGGCUAGGUUGGGUUGUGUUUCGGAGGACGCAUGGCUCUCUACUUUCGCCUCUCCCGAGUCCGUACGGGAGUUGCAGCGAUGAGACAAGACUGUAACUACUACCAAUUGGAUACCACGAAAUUGGGGAGAAAAAACAACACAUCCGCCACACUAAUCCUCAACACGAGGGCCCCUCAGGGGUGCGAGCUCAGUCCCCUCCUGUACUCCCUGUUCACUCAUGACUGCACGGCCAGGCACGACUCCAACACCAUCAUUAAGUUUGCUGAUGACACAACAGCGGUAGGCCUGAUCACCGACAACGACUAGACAGCCUAUAGAGAGGAGGUCAGAGACCUGGCCGUGUGGUGCCAGGACAAAAACCUCUCCCUCAAUGUGAUCAAGACAAAGGAGAUGAUUGUGGACCACAGGAAAAGGAGGACUGAGCACUCCCCCAUUCUCAUCGAUGGGGGCUGCAGUGGAGAAUGCUUCAAGUUCCUUGUUGUCCACAUCACCAACAAACUAACAUGGUCCAAGCACAUCAAGACAGUCGUGAAGAGGGCAUGACAAAACCUAUUACCCAUCAGGAGACUGAAAAGAUUUGGCAUAGGUCCUCAAAAGGUUCUACAGCUGCACCAUUGGUAGCAUCACUGCAAAGUAUGGCAACUGCUCGGCCUCCGAUCGCAAGGCACUACAGAGGGUAGUACUGGCAUAUGGCCUAGUACAUCACUGGGGUCAAGCUUCCUGCCAUCCAGGAUUUCUAUACCAGGCGGUGUCAGAGAAAGGCCCUAAAAGUUGUCAAAGACUCCAGCCACCUUAGUCAUAGACUGUUCUCUCUGCUACCACACGGGAAGCGGUACCGGAGCACCAAGUCUAAGUCCAAGAGACUUCUAAACAACUUCUACCCUCAAGCCAUAAGACUUCUGAACAUCUAAUCAAAUGGCUACCCAGAUUAUUUGCAUUGCCCCCCCUCUUUUACACCGCUGCUACUCUCUGUUGUUAUCAUCUCUGCAUAGUCACUUUAAUAACUCUACUUACAUGUACAUAUUACCUCAAUUACCUUGAUUAACCGGUGCCCCCGCACAUUGACUCUGUAACAGUAACCCCCUGUAUAUAAUCUCGCUAUUGUUAUUUUACUGCUGUUCUGUAAUUACUUGUUACUUUUAUUUCUUAUUCUUAUUUUUUAUUUUUUUAACUGCAUUGUUGGUUCGGGGCUCGUAAGUAUUCGUCGCAUGUGACUAAUACAAUUUGAUUUGAUUUGAAACCAGAGACAACAUCCUGGUACUUUGCCAGCCAGGAAAGGUAGAUGAGAACUGAUAGAAUCAAACAAUCACUGUGGUAAACAGAAGGGUCCAUGCUAUCCGCGAUCCUUGGGAUGUCCCUACCCCAUUGAGGUUGAAAUUGUAAAUGGUUUGUGUUAGACGUGUUAGUUUCAAGUUUCCGGCAAGGGUAGUCAUGUUAAGGUUAACAUGUAACUGACUGGGUUGAGCUAAAGCCUAGGCAUUGGUCCUGUGACUUGGAUGGGUCUCUUCAAGAAGGAGCUCAAAGGGGGGUGAAAUAUAACACAGGUGGCUCGGUGACUAUGCUCAUGUGAUGAGUGACUUGUCUGAGACCUGAAAACGUGCAUUGUCUGGCACACAGGAGACCCGGGUCAGAACCCCAUCACUCAAACUAAUGUCCCAUGUGCCUAUGGUUCUAUUAAGUAAUUUUUCCGUUUACCUCAUGCUUUAUUUUUAAUAGAUUUACUUAGAAGUACUUUCAUUUGUAUUUAUUCCUAGUGUGUGCUGUGUUUUGGUUUACUUCUUAUUUACUUAUUUGAGUGACUUCCUUUCCUUUCAAUUCGUUAACCCCUUUUGUCGCAUUGUGUAAAUUAAUGUGUUAUAAUUAGGGACCUGAGCCACACUCACCACACCUGAGGUGUACAGUAAUGGGGUUAAUGAGUUGCCCUUGCACAAAGGAAGCUGUUUGUAAACAAGUUAUUUGUGGGUGUCAAGUCCUGACCAUAGAAAGCCUGUAUUUUCUAUGGUAAAGUAGGUCAGGGUGUGACUUGGGGUGUUUAGUCUAGUUUAUUAUUUCUAUGUGGGGUUCUAGGUUUAUUUUUCUAUGUUGGUGUUUGUAUAUGAUUCCCAAUUAGAGGCAGCUAGUAAUCGUUGUCUCUAAUUGGGGAUCAUACUUAAGUUGCAUUUUUUCAACCUGUGGGUUAUGGGAUAUUGUUUAUGUAUAGUGUGUUUGAGCACUACGUAGUCACGGGUAUUUGUAAGUUUCGUUAUUUUGUUUUCAGUUUCACUUAUUCAUUAAAAGAUGUGGAACUAUACUCACGCUGCGCCUUGGUCCGAUCAUUAUUACGAACAACGUGACAGUGGGGAAAAACUCAUUCUGAUUGGCUGGACCCGGCUCCCCAGUGGGUGGACUUAACUCCCAAGUGGGUGGGCCUCCUAGUCUGCGCCCCUUACCAGUCAUAUGAAAUCCAUAGAUUUAGGGCCUAAUGAAUUUAUUUUCUUCUAUGAACUGUAAUUGUUGCAUGUUGCAUUUAGAUUUUUGUUCAGGAUAGUUUAUAGCCGAAAAAGUUAAAACACUAGAGCGAAAUUCAUAGGAGGAAAAUAAAUUCAACAUGCCACAUUGUCUUCAGAAAGCGCCAGAAACAGCUAUUUACCACAGUGCUGUUUAAUUAUAUCUGUUCUCAUCUACUUUUCCUUGCUGGCAAAGUACCAGGAUGUUUUCUCUGGUUCUCUGGUUUUUUGGAAACUGAAUCUGAAUGCAUCUGAGAAGUUGAGUAUAUGAAACCUUGAUCAACUUGAAAUUACAGUUUGUAAGCUUGAUACACAAACAAUGAAUGCAAUAUCUACCAUUUUGAAACCAAAAAUAUAAAUAUUCAAUUUUUAAAAACUGAAUGCAAUAUUCACUCAUUUCAGUUUCAAAUCAUGAAAUACAAUUUAUGGAUUCAAUUUGUUCAUAACAAAUUCAAUAUCCUAAUUCAAAUAUUCAAUAUUAUGGAAUUCAAAUGCAAUUUCUGUUGGCACUGAAAUCGCUUCAUACUGGAGGCUGGGGAGGUCUAGACUCUAGAGGCAAAGUUUUGUACAACUGGAAUGUAAAUUCUUUACCACUGAAACUCUGUUUUGAUCUUUUCAAUAUCCCCCUGAUCACAAGGCAAUUAACUGCUGUGUGCAUGAGAGGAGGUGCAGUAAACCCAAUGGAAAGAACUUUCUCCUUCCAGAUGACUGUUCUCUCCCUUUGCUAUUGAAUGUGAAGAAUGUGUGAAUGAAUGGAAUGUGAAUAUCUCAUUUAAAAACACUAGGAGCAAACUAUUCCUCGUUGAACAAUAUACCACAGACUAUACCACAGACUAUACCACAGACUAUACCACAGACUAUACCACAGACUAUACCACAGAGGAAAUUAUACUAUGGCAUUGUUUUUUAAAUUAUGUGGUAGUUUUUCUAUUUUGGUCUAUUUAUUUCCGUCAUUACCGCCCAUUGUUUUCUUGUGUGGGAACAUCGCAAUUACCCACAGGAGUAUGGCUAUUCAGCUGUAGCGUAAGAUAUUGGUAACUGAUCAAAUAAACACUUGAGGAAAUGAGGGAUACAAAGUACAGUGCCUUGCGAAAGUAUUCGGCCCCCUUGAACUUUUGCGACCUUUUGCCACAUUUCAGGCUUCAAACAUAAAGAUAUAAAACUGUAUUUUUUUGUGAAGAAUCAACAACAAGUGGGACACAAUCAUGAAGUGGAAUGACAUUUAUUGGAUAUUUCAAACUUUUUUAACAAAUCAAAAACUGAAAAAUUGGGCGUGCAAAAUUAUUCAGCCCCUUUACUUUCAGUGCAGCAAACUCUCUCCAGAAGUUCAGUGAGGAUCUCUGAAUGAUCCAAUGUUGACCUAAAUGACUAAUGAUGAUAAAUACAAUCCACCUGUGUGUAAUCAAGUCUCCAUAUAAAUGCACCUGCACUGUGAUAGUCUCAGAGGUCCGUUAAAAGCGCAGAGAGCAUCAUGAAGAACAAGGAACACACCAGGCAGGUCCGAGAUACUGUUGUGAAGAAGUUUAAAGCCGGAUUUGGAUACAAAAAGAUUUCCCAAGCUUUAAACAUCCCAAUGAGCACUGUGCAAGCGAUAAUAUUGAAAUGGAAGGAGUAUCAGACCACUGCAAAUCUACCAAGACCUGGCCGUCCCUCUAAACUUUCAGCUCAUACAAGGAGAAGACUGAUCAGAGAUGCAGCCAAGAGGCCCAUGAUCACUCUGGAUGAACUGCAGAGAUCUACAGCUGAGGUGGGAGACUCUGUCCAUAGGACAACAAUCAGUCGUAUAUUGCACAAAUCUGGCCUUUAUGGAAGAGUGGCAAGAAGAAAGCCAUUUCUUAAAGAUAUCCAUAGAAAGUGUUGUUUAAAGUUUGCCACAAGACACCUGGGAGACACACCAAACAUGUGGAAGAAGGUGCUCUGGUCAGAUGAAACCAAAAUUGAACAUUUUGGCAACAAUGCAAAACGUUAUGUUUGGCGUAAAAGCAACACAGCUCAUCACCUUGAAAACAGCUCAUCACCCUGAAAACACCAUCCCCACUGUCAAACAUGCUGGUGGCAGCAUCAUGGUUUGGGCCUGCUUUUCUUCAGGAGGGACAGGGAAGAUGGUUAAAACUGAUGGGAAGAUGGAUGGAGCCAAAUACAGGACCAUUCUGGAAGAAAACCUGAUGGAGUCUGCAAAAGACCUGAGACUGGGACGGAGAUUUGUCUUCCAACAAGACAAUGAUCCAAAACAUAAAGCAAAAUCUACAAUGGAAUUGUUAAAAAAUAAACAUAUCCAGGUGUUAGAAUGGCCAAGUCAAAGUCCAGACCUGAAUCCAAUCGAGAAUCUGUGGAAAGAACUGAAAACUGCUGUUCACAAAUGCUCUCCAUCCAACCUCACUGAGCUCGAGCUGUUUUGCAAGGAGGAAUGGGAAAACAUUUGAGUCUCUCGAUGUGCAAAACUGAUAGAGACAUACCCCAAGCGACUUACAGCUGUAAUCGCAGCAAAAGGUGGCGCUACAAAGUAUUAACUUAAGGGGGCUGAAUAAUUUUGCACGCCCAAUUUUUCAGUUUUUGUUAAAAAAGUUUGAAAUAUCCAAUAAAUGUCGUUCCACUUCAUGAUUGUGUCCCACUUGUUGUUGAUUCUUCACAAAAAAAAUACAGUUUUGUAUCUUUAUGUUUGAAGCCUGAAAUGUGGCAAAAGGUCGCAAAGUUCAAGGGGGCCGAAUACUUUCGCAAGGCACUGUAUAUUGAAAGCUGCUGCUUCCACACAGGUGUGGUUCCUGAGUUAAUUAAGCAAUUAACAUCCCAUCAUGCUUAGAUCACGUAUAAAAAUGCGCAAUUGCCCAUUAUUUUUUGCUACCGUGGUUUCGAAGAAGAGAUCUCAGUGAAUUUGAUAGAGGGGUCUCAAAGGAGCAAUGUUGGGGUUAAAUGGUGUGUGUUUAUGUGUGUGUCUCAGUCACCAGAUCUCAACCCAACUGCACACUUAUGGGAGAUUCUGGAAAGGCGCCUGAGAAAGUGUUUUCCACCAGCAUCAACAAAACACCAAAUUAUGGUUACAUCCCUCCAAUAGAGUUCCAGACACUUGUAGAAUCUAUGCCAAGGUGCAUCGAAGCUGUUCUGGCAGCUCGUGGUGGCCCAACGCCCUACUAAGACAAUGUAUGUUUCCAUCAUUUUGGCAAUUACCUGUAUGUAGAUGGUAUAAAAAGAUUUGUACAUACAGUAUCUAAAUGUUUUUAAAACGGGGAAACCUGUCACGACUUUUAAUCAAACAAUAAAACAUUAAACGCUG